AAGGAUGAAGAAUGAGGAGAGGUUUGGAGCCAAAGAGGAUAAGAGCCAGGUGAGAUGCCUGUGAAUGCAGGGAAUAUAGGUUAUGGCAAUGUGCCGGUGAGCGCCUCAGAGACGGCCCCUCUGCUCAUACCCGAGCCCGCCUCUCUGUGGAAGCCCAUGACGAAAGAGGAGCUGGAGGCUGCUGACGGGCCGGGAUGGAGGAAAGUGCGCUUUUACUUGGUGCUGCUGUUCUGGCUUGCCUGGGUGGCCAUGCUUACCACCUCCGCCGCCAUCAUAAUAAAGAGCUCCCAGCCCGUUGCAGAACCGCUGAAGUGGUGGCAGAAGUCUCUGUUCUACCAGGUGCAGGCCGACCAGUGGACGGAGGAGCAGGCCGAGGGGUCAGAGGGCAUCUACGUGCAUGAGCAGCUUCCCUACCUCAGGUCUUUGGGUAUAGGGGCUCUAAUCCUGAGGGGUGUGUUUGAUGUUGAGGUCUCUCCUUCAAACCUCACUGCCACUGAUGCAAACUUUGGUACGCUUGCUUGGAUGCAACAUCUACUCAGUGAGAGCCGCAAAGCAGAUCUCAAAAUUGUGUUAGACUUGUGUGAACUGGAUCUGUUGGGACCUCAGGAUGUAGGUGGAAACCUCUCUGCAGCCACACAGCGUGCACUCCACUUCUGGUUGGAGCAUGGCGUGUCAGGCUUUGUUAUCUGUGACACUGAUGCAGCAUAUUCAGAAAAGACUCUGCUGGAGUGGAGAGGUGUCUUUGGGGAAUUCAGCAGUCGUGAAGAGGAAAGGAUCGUGGUAGUAAAUCAGACAGCAGAUGUUCUGCGUCCACUAAAUGGUUCCGGUCAGAUCAACAUUACAUUGGUGGAUGUGGUCAUGAGGUCCAUUCUGCCACAUUCACAUCACCUCCUGUCUGCACAGGAAGUGGCUAGUGCUAUACAGACAAACCUGCAAACAAGAGGAGAUGAUAUAUGGCCCAGCUGGACAGUUGCAGGUAAAACCUCUGAUGAACUGAGGAAGUUACUUCUGGUGUUGGUGAUGACUCUGCCAGGAUCACCAACAAUCCAGGAUGAUAACAAGAUGGAGAAAACAAAGGACAAGGGGGAAAAAAACCGUGCAGCUGUUCAGCUCUUCUCCUCCCUCAGCUUCUCCAGAGCCAGAGAAGAAGCUCUUCAGUGUGGUAGUUUCACCUUCCUUCCUUUCAACACAUCGUUGUCCUCAAACUCCUCUUGUGUCCCUCCUUUAUGUCCCCCAAUCCUUGCCUUCCUGCGCUCCUGGGGUUGUGCCCAUUUCCUUGUUCUGCUCAAUGUUGGGCCUGAGCCUCACACCCUGGACCCUACCUGGGCCUCGAGGUUGCCUGAAGCUGGAAUGUUUGUAGCAAGCACGGGAAUGGAUCGUUUUGGGUCAGCGUCUCUCUACACUCUCAGACUGCAGCCCUACGAAGCCAUUGUAAUCAAACUUUUUGAGGCCGGAAGCCAUUCGUAGAGCUUCUGUGUUUCAGUGCUUGGAUUUGAAGUUUAUCUCAGACCACAAUGAUGCAGCUGUUCAGAGGUCACUUAAAGUCAUGGUUCUGUGUUGCAGCAUUUGACAUAAAGAUAGUGUUCCCCUUUAAAUUCUGGGAGGUUAUCUGUAACAUAGCGCAAGUGUAUGAACUGAGAAAAUUGUAUAUUUACAGUAAAAUCAAUAUAUUUAUGAUUUCAUAUAUUCAUGAGCUGAUAAAAUAGGUAAAUCUUGAGCAAGAGAGAGUGAGAAUAUAUGUCUCUGUGUGUAUAUGUAUAUAUGUUUCCUAUAAACACUGUACCCAUUCUUAUAUCUCUUGGAUCUCCCUAUUCCAAUGAUUGUUUUCCUGUUUGUGCUCUUGUUGUUGCAAGUCUUCUAUGUCUUUGUCCUGGAUAUGUCUCGUUCA